UGGGUUUUUCUUUUGGAAUUUGGGGAGUUUACAAAGAAAUUGUAAAACUUAAUUUUGUAGAAAAAAGAUUUAUUAAAUCGAAAUUGCAUUGUAAAGUAAUGACCUAAGUGGACACAAUGUAAUUCAGUGAAUAGAAAUGGAUAUUUCGACUUCAUCAGACGAUAACUGCGAAGCUGUGGACAGUGUACCUAUAGAGUUCUACACUGAUUCAAUAUCUCCUCUUAACAAAUGCCAGACAAGCAAAGCAAGAAGGAUAUGCAUAUUUGAUUUGUGCAGCAAAUUAAAAAACAAUGAUAAAUAUGACAUUGGAGGAACAUACACUGAUGAUGAACCCGAUCUCUGGUUUUUUUUCACAACCACAAGGUGCCUGGGAAGUAAAAACCUUUUAAACCUUUUUGUGCAUCAUAGAAAAUCAGGCCACUUCGCCAUUGGCAUAUUGAAAAGUGUCAAGAUAGUUUCCUGCACUAUGGAAGAUGCAAACAAAUUUGGCCGGGGAAUGCUCCUAUGGAAGAGUUUUGUUUCACCGUGUCCUGAUAUGAGUCAUCACGUCACUACCUAUUGCUUGCCUGAGAUUAAAAACCAAGCGCUGUGCAUACCUAUUUCGAUAGAAACAAAUCCCAGUUCAGUAAUGAGUAAAAUGACAAAGAAGAGAACAGAACUGAACAAAAGCUUGUCUCUGGCAUUAAAUCAAAAUAAACCAGACUUUGUUUUAGAAUCUGCGAGUAGGACAAAGUACUCCACUCACAAACUGAUUUUAGCUGGACACAGUCCCGUUCUAAGGGAGCUUGUCAAGAAUACACACAACAAUACAGCAUUUAUAGAUAUAAGUGAUCAAGAUAUGAAACUACUUUUAGAAUUUUUAGGAACAGGAAAUAUAAAAGAUGUCGGGAAACUAAACCUACUGCAGGUGCUGGAGCUGGCAGUCAAGUUUAAGUUGGAUAGACUUUUGUACAUUCUACAAACAGAAAUGGAGAAACAAUUAAACAUAGAAAACGCCAUAGACUUUGCUGUACUGAGUGAAAAAUAUCAAAUGGAAAAAAUUCAGAAGACUAUUUUUGUGUUUAUUAGAAAAAAUCCUAGUGUCAUGGACACAGAAGGCUGGAAUAACUUAAAAGAUGUAAAUCUUACAAAAAAGUUGUUCAAAGAAGUCCACAGAGUCAAAUGACAUGUAAGAUUCGUGCUAUUGUAUGUUGCAAUAGAACAACAUCUAAUUAUAGGUUACACAAUUAGAAUUGAAUUAAAAAAUAAUGGUCAUUUAUAUGCAAAAAAUAUAGUUCAUUUGUCUGAAUCGCUGUUCUGUUUAUGUAUAAAUAAGAUUUCAUUU